AUGUCUUCUUCGUCAUACGAGUAUAUCAUCGUCGGCGGUGGCGUAGCCGGCUUGACGCUGGCGGCACGCCUUUCCAAGCUCCUUCCACCCAAUGAGACAGACAACAAACGAGUCUUGGUCCUAGAAGCCGGCACCGACCCUUCCACCACCGAGUGCAUAACCAACGCCAUGGGGCAACAUAUGGCCCGCGAGUCGCAGCACGCGUACACGCUCGAUGUGGCCGCGAAUCCACACCUCGGCGGCCGCGUGACCCAGGUGCCCGUGGGGAAGGCACUGAGUGGCAGCGCCGCGAUCAACGGCUCGGCAUGGACCAGAGGACCCAAAGUCGACUAUGACUAUUGGGCCAACCUCGUCGGAGAUGACGAUUGGUCGUACGACAAACUGUUACCGUAUUUCAAGAAGACGGAGCAAGUGAUUGUCGGUGAGGGAGAGGGCCAAGUUGAAAUUGACGAAGCUCAUCAUGGCUAUGAGGGGACUUUGAAAGCUGUGCCCAUGAAGGCCAACUGGCCGAAAAGAAAAUAUCCACUCCGUGAACCCGUGCGGAAGGCCUGGGAGGAGGCCGGCGUGAAGUAUAAUCCGGACGGCAACAAUGGGAAUCAGAAUGGCCUGACAGAGAUGGUGGAGGUUUGGGUGCAAGGACGGCGUCAGUUGCCGAAUAAGAUUCUGGAUCUGUCUCUCGUCGACGUUCGGGACGUCAGCACCGUGCAUCGUGUCACGUUUGACACCACGUCGGCUGGCGAGCCUGUCGCCAAUGGCGUCGAUCUGGUCGGUGGUGAACACAUCGCCGCAAUCAAGGAGGUCAUCGUUUCUGCUGGCGUCUAUCAUACUCCACAGGUGCUCAUGCUCUCCGGUAUCGGUGAUCCGGCCGUCCUGGAGAAAUUUGGCAUCGCGACGGUCUCCUCGAAUGUCGAAGUGGGCAAAAACCUGAUGGACCAUCUGGCGGUGGGAUUGACGUGGAAGUUGAAACAUCCGGAACAAGGUCUGGCCAUUGGCUCGCCAUUGUUUGUUGAUCCGUCAUAUUUCGCCGGUUGGCCGAUGGAUUUCAUCGAAUUCGGGCCUUUGGACGACCUCUCCCAACUCGAACCGCUGAUCAAGAACCAGGAGGAUAAGAAAUACUUGCUUCGACCGGAUUCCUCGCACAUGGAAGUCGUCUCGCUGUACGCGGCCCUGGGGAAAAGAUUGGCGGGCAUCGAUGCGGCGAUGGACGGAAGCCAUAUCAGCACAUUGGCCGUGUGCCUCACGACCACCUCCAGAGGGUCCGUCAUGGUCCGCUCCGCCCAUCCAGAAGACCCACCCAUUAUUGAUCCCAAUUUCAACGAGACGGAGACCGACCGCUUCAUCUUACGCGAAGCAUUGAGGAAGGCAUCUGCUGUCUUCCUCGAGACCGAGACCGGUCAAUCUUUCGUUUCUCAUGAAGUGCCUCCUGAGGGAUAUGCGACAAUCACCAAGCACACUCCGGAUGCUGAGAUUGACAAGAGAAUCAGGGAUUUUGGAUAUAGCCUUGACCACCCCAUGGGGUCUUGUUCGAUGGGAAAGGUCGUCGAUAGCCACUGUCGCGUGAAAGGAUUGAGGGUGGUUGACGCGAGCGUACUUCCGAUCCCGGUGGCCUGUCAUAUCCAAGCGGCGACUUAUGCCCUUGCCGAAAGGGUUGCCGAUUGGGUCGGAAAUGGACAGUAA